AGUUACUAUUUCUAACAAGGACUUUAGUCAUCCCAAGUUUUGCGGGCUCACGCUUCAAAUAGAAAUGACUGGGAAUACGUAACAAUUGCGACUGUGGUAGAUUUCGUACUAUGAUCUUCCCCUGCGCUUCAGGGGCUUGGCUUUACGAUUUUACGAUUAGCACAUAGGGGGCACAAGCAACAGGCAUGUUCUAGGAAAUUGAUGGCCCCAAGGAUACCCGGAAUCUAGCGGCUAGGUGCAUAGCCACGUUGCAUAAUCUCAAGAUAGAGGACGUAUAUAAAUCUCUACAUAUUGGGUACCUCUCGCUUGUAGUUGACCUCCAAAUAGCCAACCUUGAAAUCUGCAACACCAAAUUUUGCACGAUGGCGGGCUUAUUACAGCAGGUCGGUGCCUCACUGACCAUAUACGACAUUUUACGUUUGUUCGGCCUUGCUAUUGUGCUAGGCAUUGUGUAUACAUGCCUCAAAGCGAUAUAUAAUCUAUAUUUUCACCCUCUGCGACAUAUUCCUGGCCCACCAUUAUGGAUCGCAUUUCCGGUUACGCGAGUGAUCGGCAUGGUGCGGGGGACAGCUGAAUUUCAAGUGCGCGAUGCUCACGACAAGUAUGGCGAUGCUGUUCGGAUCGCUCCAGACCAGAUUUCUUUCACCAACGCCCAAGCCUGGAAAGAUAUCUACGGCCAUGGCCACGCCGAGUUUCCCAAGAGCUACCCGUCGGGAAUAAAAAUGGACCCUAGGAAAAUCAUCUCCUCCAACGCACAGGACCAUUUUCGAUACCGUAGGGCAAUGUUGCCUGCUUUCUCCGAUAAGGCGCUGGGGCAACAAGAACCGCUCAUCAGAGUCUACGUCGACCUGCUAGUUCAGCGGCUGCGCGAAGUAGCCCAAACGGGCAAGCCGACCAAUAUGGUUCAGUGGUACGAGUUUACGACCUUCGACCUGAUCGCAGACUUGGCAUACGGCACUCCUUUGCAAGGCUUGGCAGAGGGCAAGUCAAACGCGUGGAUUGAGAACAUCGCGAAGUCGAUGAAAUAUAUGCCCGUCAUGGUCUUGAUCGCGAUGUCUCCUGCCAUAGGGCUACUCUUCAAGCUUGCCGCCGGUUCCCAGGUCCGCAACUCGCAAGCCAACCACCACAAGCACGUCGCCAAGCUGGUCAACGACCGUAUCUAUCACAGGAAACAAGCUGAUCGAGGUGACUUCAUGGACUACAUCAUGCGUUCUCGCGGCCAAGAGCACCAGUUGACCGACGCCGAGCUCACCGUUAACAGCGAUCUACUAAUGGUCGCUGGAUCGGAAACUACAGCAACGCUCUUGAGUGGCGCAACAUUCUGGAUGCUCAAGAACACCAAUGCGCUCAAGAAGGCUACAGAAGAGGUUCGCAAUGCGUUCGAAACAGAGGAUGCCAUCACCUUCAAGGAAGUCAGUGCUAAACUGCCAUACUUGAUGGCUUGCCUGGACGAAGCCUUGCGACUCUUCCCUCCUGUUCCCCUGCGCCUUGCUCGAUCUGUUCCGGGGAAGCUUCCUGUGCGUAUUGCAGGAUUUCAAAUCCCGCCGAAUACUGUUGUCGGUGUCCACCAUCUCUCAGCUUACCACUCCGAACGUAACUUUCACAAGGCCCGAGAGUUCAUUCCCGAACGGUGGCUUCCUGAGUCUAUCACGGAUCCUACUUCGCCAUUUUACAACGACCAUCGCGAUGCCCAUCGCCCAUUCAGCUUUGGACCCCGCGACUGUAUCGGGCGGAAUUUGGCGUACCACGAGAUGCGGUUGAUCAUGGCUAGAGUAUUAUGGAACUUUGACCUUGUUUUAGAUGAAAAGUGCAGCAACUGGAAUGAGCAGAAGAUCUAUGCACUAUGGGAGAAACCGCCUCUAGAGGUGUUUAUCAAAGACCGGAAAUCUGAAUGAGAUCUGUUACAUGUUUUUUUAUGUUCGGAGUUAUAGGUACAUAGAUUAUAUGACCCUGUCACAAUUUACCGCACCUCAAUGCUGGGCUCUAUCAGCUUCCUCAUAUUACAUCUA